AUGGAGGCUGGGGAGAGGAUUGAUGCCAGCCAGCUGCCUCACGGGGUGCUGGAAACACGUGGCCAUGCCAUUAGCAUCCUAUUCGGCUUCUGGAUGAGUUUCAGCUGCGACACCUACCUAGUCCUCACUUGGAUCAGCAGGGUAAAAGGCAGCUCUGGUGUUAGUGCCUCCUCUGAUGAGCCACAUGCCAGAAUCCAGCAGAGCAAAUGGCAAGGCCAUGCAGAAGAGGACCAAAGUCAGGUGCCAGAAGCAGGUGACAUCUCCACUCUCAGUUCUUUGGAGGCAGCUAUUUUAAUAGAGCCACUUUACUGCAGCUAUUUUGACAUGAAGAUAUUUUGGUAUGGCUCGAAAAUUCAGCUGAUAAAUGUUCGGUUUUUAAAAAAAUAACUGAUGAGUAGAAUAGGCAUCUCGCAGGCCAUCUGUGAGCUUUGCCUCAACCUUGAUCUUCACCCCAUUGUCAAUCUAACCUCCAGGUAUCAAGGUAUAUGGAUUGAGAACAGAUGAGGGAAAGGAUCGGUAGAGGUUCAAAAUGAGAGAAAUAGCAUGUCAGGACCCCAGGAGAGUUGAGGCGCUUUUAAAACAAAACAAAACAAAACAAAAAUACCACGGUCAACCAAAUUCAGAAAUGGGACAGAAGUCAGAGAUGGGAAAUUGGUUAUAAACCAAAUACAGUGAGUCUGAAUUUUGGCUUGCUUGUUUGAGGCAGCUGUAUCAAAACAGUUGUGUUGGAAGAGCUGCAUGAAAUUGUUGGGCAAGAAAUAGUCCACUUAGGAUUCAGAUGAGCUCAUUUUGCCUCUUCCAUGGUCAAUGUCUGACUCAUAAAUGUCUAUACAUUUAUGGCUUGUGUGAGCCUCAGUUUCCCCACAUAAAAUACAGAUGAUGAUGUUGGCCCUUCCUCUUUCCCACUUUUUGCUCUCCCUCCAAGUAACAUGAUGAGGAAUGAGCCAGCAUCUUGUAAACUGCUCCAGGCCACCUGGAGAAAUGUGCUUGCGUAAUAGUCAGCGUUAGUAUACGUGAGUCUUCUAUGAGUAAAGAAUUUUAGAGUUGGCAGCCAUUUCUGCCUGGUGACUCAUGUGGGCACAAUGAUGCCCUUAGCUGCAAUGUAUGGUGUGGGUGAAUUUGUUCUUGUCACGGCAGAGGACUGAGUAUUCUUUAUCCGAAUGCUAUAGACUGAGUUUGCACAUGGGAACUAGAUUAGCUCUGAAGAGAGUUGAAAGGAACCUGACAUUUUUGCCUGCAAUCUAGAGUUUCAUUGUACAAACAACCACAGUGGCACAUUUGUGCCCAAUCAUUGGCUUCCCUUUGCCAGCAAAGAAAAUCUCCUAAAUUCUUCUGCCAUUUGUCAAACCUGCCAAAGUCCCUAGAGGCAGUUCUGGUAUAACUAAAGGUGGAGGGAAGAGAAUAUUCUCUCUACCAGGUUUCACUACUUCCAGUGAUGGUUGUUCACAAGGGGACAGCUUCUGCAUCACAGGAUGAAGCUUCAGGGAUUCAGAUGUCCUUCCAGUAUUAGGGCAAGGAGGUAGCAGGCACCAGGCCCCAGCUUCCAGAAUCCUGUCCUGCAGCCUCCCGGUGCUGGGCAGUGGCCUUCCUUUGAGCCUUCAGGGUGGAAACAAAGGACACAUGUGUCUCUGCAGCACUUCCGGCUUUUGCUCAUUCCUAUUUUCAGAGCCAAAGCACCAUCUCCUCUGGUACGGUUAAUCUUUGUUCCUGCCACUGACCCAUUCGUCUUUAUUACUUCUCACCAAGUCCCUGCCUUCAGAUUUCUUAGGGAUUUCUUUCUCAGGUAUUAUGUUUUGAUUCCCUCCACACAUUUAUUUCCAAGUGCCAAGAACAACUCUGUUCCGGCAGGAGGAUAUUAUGUGGCUUAAAAGAAAGAUUGAGCAGUGGCUUCUCUCCAUCAGCAUUCUUUAGGUUUACGUGGGAAUUCACUCUGGGAAUAGUUUAGAGUCUCCUUCAAGCCUCUCCCAGGCUGACAAAGUUUCAGUCCCAGAGAAUUACUUUGCUUCCAUUGUUUCUAAAUAAAUGAUAAAAGCCUUUCUUUCUGAGCCUGUAUAGAAGGGCUCACACCCCUCCCCCCACUAUUACUUCCCUAAGAUCUUGGCUGGGCCCACAGUGAAUACACACUGGGUAUUGUUACCAUUGUUAUAGACUUCAGCAUCAACUCCAAUAUUUGAUGGUCUAAUAAACCUUGAGUCCUCUUUCAGAAUUGUUAGUUUUUCCAACCUUUGGGAACCAUGCUCACCCUUUAGGGCAGCUCUUCCUAAGU